CACUCCAGAAAUCUUAGCUCACUGUCUUUGACCCAAUUUUCCGUCCAAGUUCAUUUUCUCAGAAAAUCUUCCAUCUCAAUCUGUUUUCACAUCCAGGUUCUGUCUCAAUCCAUCGAGCACUAUAUAUACAACAAAGGCCAGGGCAUUCUCCAUCAUACGCACUCUGCUAGUGACUGUUGUGUUGUGCGGCGAAAUCAACCAAAGACAAUGGCAUCAUCAACGCCUGUUCACAAAUCAGAGGAGGAAUGGAAGGCCAUUCUCUCCCCUGAGCAGUUUCGGAUCCUUCGCGAGAAAGGGACCGAAUUGAAGGGUACCGGAGAAUAUAACAAAUUCUAUGAAGAAGGAAUUUACAAUUGCGCUGGAUGUGGAACUCCUCUUUACAAGUCUUCUACCAAAUUUGAUUCUGGUUGUGGUUGGCCUGCUUAUUAUGAGGGUUUGCCUGGAGCUAUCAAUCGCUCUCCGGAUCCGGAUGGUAGGAGGACUGAGAUAACCUGUGCAGCUUGUGGAGGGCACUUGGGGCAUGUUUUCAAAGGGGAGGGAUUCAAGACUCCUACUGAUGAACGUCAUUGUGUCAAUAGUGUUUCUGUCAAGUUUAUUCCUGGAAAUGCUUCUGCAUGAGCCAUGAAUGUCAAACCGUAGUUUAUAGGAGGAUUGAAAUCUUGUGUUGUUUAGACUUAUCUGGUGUACUGUGGUGAUUCUAAAGACUAUUUUGAUAAUAAGCUUGAAUGACUUACCAUCGAUGGUACUUGAAUUGAAAUAAUAAAAUCAUUUUGGCAGGAUGGAUAAACUUAUAUCUAA